AUGAAAGCAACGACUUUUUUCGUUCUCCUCAUAAUAUUUAUCAUUCGUGUGUAUUGCAAUUCGGAAUGUCCGUCAACCUUGAUUCCAUUCUAUGAACAAGAUGCGUGUAAUAAAAGUGAGCCGCAAUGCAAAUCGUCAUUUGGCGAAGUAGGACAAUGUGUUGAGGUAUGUGGUAAAGCAAUUUUUCCAACUUUUCUACAUUAAAGCUUAUUUUAUUUUUAGGAAUCCAGAUCGAAUGAAUACGGUCGUUGCUGUCCUGACAAAACUCUUCCACACGUUUUUCAAACCAAUACAAAAUGCGAUGAAUCACUACCCAUUGAUGAUGACUAUGAUUAUACAUUUUGCAAAAAUGGAAAAAUAUACACAAUUGGUCAGAAUCACUUGAAAGUUCCAUAUGGGAAGAACAAGGAUUGCAUUCUCAAUUCAGAUUGUCCCGGUGAAAACAACUAUUGUGUAACAGUCAUAAUUAUACAAUCUCGAAAAUGUUUUAUAAUCGAAUCACCGAAAAAAAAGGAAGAUAGUAACACUAUGAUGAUUAUAAUAAUCGUUGCAGUCGUUGUGAUUUUGAUUGCAGUUAUUGUUGGAUUGGUUGCCACGUUUUUGAUUUGUAAGAAGAAGAAAGGGAAGGGUGGACAGAAGAGCUCGGCUGAAAAUACUAGAGACAGUCAAGCUGAACAGAAGAAUAAAGGAAAAGCGAGUAAGGAAAAGGCUAAAAAAGGAAAGAAGGGAUCGAAUGUAUAG